UGGACCGUGCACUUGCUCAUGGCUUCAUCCAAUGACCAGUGUACUUCACUGCCACCCUCAACGAUCCCAAAUAAUGACGCUGUCGCGAUCCUUGGUGUAUGGGAGGCUCCCUGGAGAGACCGGCAGCGCUUCUUACAAUCGCGCGGCUACAUGCUACGACCUCGCUAUCAUCCUGACUGGGUUCCCUCGUGGAGAACAAACAACCAGAGCAUCAUUUGGUGCGAGGACGCCUUGAGCGCACCGUUGCGCGAAAACCUGAUAGACGCGAGGCGUAUGUCCGACGAUAUGCUUGUCUACAUCAAAAGAGUGAAGGCCGGGGACAACGAAAGCCGUAUCACCACCAUGCUUUCAUCUGAACGUCUCCGACAGGAUCCCCGGAACCAUAGUGUGCCAGUUCUCGACCUCUUUCAAGACGAUGAAGACCCAGGAAUCUCAUAUAUGGUUAUGCCAUUCUUACGACUCAUAGAUAGCCCUCAGCUUGACCUUGUCGAAGAGGUCGUCGAGUUCAUUGAUCAAACUUUGGAGGGACUUGUGUUUAUGCAUGAACAAGGGGUGGCACAUCGUGAUUGCACGUAUAAAAAUCUUAUGAUGGAUGCAGCCGCCAUGUACCCACGAGGGUUCCAUCCUAUCAACGAAUCCUUCCUACCAAAUGCAAAAACCAUGGCUCGGCCUCGCCCGCGGACCUCUGUACCUGUGAGGUACUACUACAUAGAUUACGGGCUAUCGGUAGCCGUCGGUUCCGAUGGUAGAGAUCAAGAAGUGCCAGAGCUCUCAGGUGAUGUCCCAUACGACCCCUUCAAGGUGGACAUCUUCAUAGUGGGCAACUUGUUCCGCCGCAUGUUCCACGAUCGUUUGUCGAACGUCGAUUUCCUCGUGGCUCUGUUUGAGCCAAUGGUCAAGAGUGACCCUCUUGCCCGGCCUGAUGCUGUAGCUGCUCACCAACGGUGGCUCGCUAUCCGUGCUAUGGUGUCUCCCUUUACGCGGAGGUGGAGACUGCGACCUCGGCGCGAGCCCUGGCAAGAGACUGUAAUGUACGAAACAUACGCCUCGAUUAGCACUGCAUAUUUCUUCCGCGGAUAUCUUGUUGCGACAUGUAUACUGGUUGUGGUGAUUUAUCAUGGCAUAGUGUAAU